AUGAAUCCGUACGGUCAGUUUUUUGGUGUUUCCCAGCAGUAUUAUGGAGCUCUCCCACCUAAUUAUCAGACUUUUUUGUCAACUGGUUUGGUGGGAUAUGCGCCCGUUGCAGCACCGCCUCCAUCUGCGCCAGUGUCACAGCCACCUACCACACAGCCGUCUACAACCGAGACUUCUGUGACUCAAGUUGUCGUUGCUCAUGAAAAAACUCCGGUUACCACUGUAUUCGUGGGGAAUAUACCGGAGCGAGCACCGGACUCCCUUAUAAAGUCGCUUUUAAUGCGCUGCGGUAAUAUCCUUAGUUGGAAGCGAGUUCAAGGUGCCUCAGGGAAGUUGCAAGCCUUCGGUUUUUGUGAGUAUCAGGACCCUGAAUCCACGAUGAGAUGUGUGAGACUUCUAAAUGGUUUUGAGGUAUUAGAAAAGAAGUUGAUGGUGAAAGUUGAUCCCAAAACUGAAGACCUCCUGAAUGAAUAUCGGAAGAAGAAAUGGAAAGACAGCGAAGAUGGCAAUUUAGGCAGCACUGAAGCUGAAGUUGAUGAUGAAACUAAGAAGGACGACGAUGUUGUGAAAACCGCCUUGCAAAAUAUUUUACAAGAAGCCGUUGAUGCAUAUCAGCUCGGUCAUGAAUCUCCAAAUAGAAACGAGUACUCGGAAGGCCCUAGACAUCUGACUUUGGAUGAUAUGGAUAUAGACGGAGAGCGUAAGGAUUUAAUCAAUAAGGAAAUUGAGACGUUUCGGCGUCGCAAUGAGAAGGAGACACCUUCUGAAGAACGGGGCAAGCACUCGAGAGAGCUCGACUACUACACUUCUCGUUACUCCUCGCGUAAUCUAUCGCGGUCCGAUCGAGACUCGGAACGAGGCAGUCGCUACUCGCGCUCCCGAUCACCAUCCAGAGAACCGCCGAAAAAGCGUCCACGUGGGGGUAUCACCAGUUCCACACUAAUACCUGAAAAACACUAUCGCCCGAGUCAGGUCGAUGAAGAGGAGGAGACGAUUAAGAAACGGCUUGAAAGGAAACUUAAGGAGAAGGAGGAGUCCUAUCAGAAUCGACUUCGUCAAUGGGAGAGUCGUGAACGUAAAAAGCAUGCUGAGUAUGAACGCGAGAAAGAGCGCGAAAAAAAGAAGCAGGAAGAAAUUCGAGCGGAGGCGAAAAAUUUGUUAGAUUUCUUUAUUACAUACGAUGAUGACACCGAAGAUUCCAAGUUCUACAAGGGCAGUGCUUUUCAACGUCGGCUCACUGAUCGCGAGGUUGAAGAGACGGCAGAUGAAAGGGAUCGCCAAAAGGAGUUGGAGGUUUUCGAAUCAUCUAGUCGUAAGCUGAUCGAGGAGGAAGAUCCAAAUGCGGAGUCUAUUAUUUUGCAAAUGGAGCAAGCAAUGCAAGAACAUUUACGGAAACGUCUCAAUCUCAAUGCGCGAACUCCUAUUGAUCAACCAAGAUCUAGGUCUAGUUCGAAGUCAAGAGGCACCACUCCCGAGCCACAGUCGGUCUCGGGUUUCGUUGAGGCGCCCAUGGUUAUUUCUGCUGGCUUUAAACCAGUUUCCCCUGACGAUGUUUUGAGAACUAGUGAUAAUGCAACGCCUAAGGAGGUUUCCGGCUCAGAACCAUCUCGAAAGGAUUCAAGCACUUUCCUAUUCUCCAUGUCCUCAAAGCCUACCGAAAAUGUAUUGAAGCCGGCCGCAGCGUUUACUGACGAAGAAGUCGAGACAAAGCUUAAACGUCCUGCCUUGAGUUGGUUACCACCUUCUUCAGAUAAGGCUACUACCUCCAUCAGUGGUUUUGUCUUCCCUGACCUAAAAGCAGUGGCAAAUCUCCCAAUUUCUGAGAAAAGAGCAAUUAUUAAGCAAAUUAUUGAAAGGAUUCCAACUUCUAGGGAGGAGUUGUUCGCCUAUCCGAUUGAUUGGAAGGCAGUUGACCCGGAAUUCGUGAAGGAACGAAUUAAGCCGUGGGUGGAUAAGAAGAUAAUAACUUAUCUUGGCGAAGCCGAAGCCACUUUGUCCAAUUUUAUCUGCGAGCAGGUGCUUGAACAUAAACCACCUGGGAAAAUCCUGGCUGAUGUUGCGCUGGUUCUUGAAGAGGAAGCAGAAGUUUUUGUCGUCAAGAUGUGGCGGCUUCUCAUUUAUGUAAUCGCUGAAAAAAAUCUUGGUCUAACUGUAUGA